CUGGGCACAUGAAGAUGAAAAUUCUGAUCGAUAGUCUUGUCAUCGUCUUCUGAUGAUGCUUCUUGAUUAAAUAUGUUUCUAAAUUGGAUUAAUUUAAUUCUAUUAACGUCUUCCUAUCAUAAUCAUCUAGAUUAAAAGUGUUAAUUAGUAAAUUGUGGUUGAUCUAAAUUCUCUCCACACCUUCAUCUCUUUUCUCCCUUUGAUGAAUAUUGAAUCAACAAUGGAGAGAGAGGUAAAAUAUCAUUAUUACUAUUGGAGAUAAUAAGGAAGAAAAAUAAACGAACAAACAAACAAAAGAAAUAGAAAAGAAAAUUCUAAUUCUUUAAAUCGAUCAAUAUAUAUACCUGGUUACCUGGAAGAAUAUUUUAAAGUGAAAUCGUCUGGAAUAAGGAAGAAAAGAAUCAACAAAAGUACAAGACUAAAGGAGAGAAAAGAAUUGAACAAAGACAAUGAGGAAAAAAAUUUCCAUUUACCAUUAGUGAUCAAGAAGAAGAUAAUCAUUGGAGAUUUAUUGUGAUAAAAAUAUUCUCUCCUCCUUUUGUUGUUUCUCUCUCUAUAUCUCUCGCUCUCUCUCUCUCUCUUUCUCCCGAUGAAAGGAAAAAAGAAUUUAUUUUAUAUUAACAUAAUUCUCAUCAUCAACUCGAACAUCAAUUAACAAUCAAAAAAGGAUGAAACCCCGAUUAUUUCAACCGUUUUGGAACAGACCCAAUUUCUUCAAUCUUAUAUUAAUGUGUGUCUUUCUUUGUACGAUGGUUUUAAUUAGUUUAAAUAUCGGCGAUGGGAAUACUCUGGUUACUCGAAACAUUUCAAUGAAACGACCACUCAUUGUGACCCCCAAGUACAAAAGCUCAUUUGACUUAUCCAAAUUGGAGGAUAAUGAUAUGUCUCAAUUGAUUGAUUUGAAAGACUUUCAAUUUCUGAUCAAUAAUUUACCAUGUCACAGAUCAUCAUCUUCCUCCUUCGCCUCUUCCUCUUCCUCUCCAUCUGAAACCUUUGCCUUUUCCUCAUCCAAAUCAUCAUCAUCUUUAUUAGAAACUGUUGACGGUACAACUGUGAUUCAAAAUGGAAACAAUUCAAUCUCACCAGAUGAUGAUUCCAAUAGUGUUGAUAUAUUCCUGUUAAUAUUUAUUCAUAGUGCUCCAAAUAACUUUGAAAAGCGUAAAAUAAUUCGUGAUACUUGGGCCAGUUCUCAGAAUAUCUCAUUCUCUCAGAUUCGCCGGGUUUUCCUUUUAGGCCUAGUUGAUGAUAUUGAACUUCAACGAUCAAUUAAUCAAGAGAACAAGAUUCAUGGUGAUAUUAUUCAAGGAAAUUUUGUUGACACAUAUCGUAAUUUAACUUACAAACACGUGAUGGGCCUUAAAUGGAUAACAUAUUAUUGUCGUUCAGCCAAAUUUAUCCUUAAAACGGAUGAUGAUAUUUUCGUUGAUACUUAUCAAUUGAUUAACCAUUUGAAAGGAUUAAUGAUUAAUCCAUUAACCCAACCAAAAAGACUUAUUAAUUGUUUCGUCGUUCGUAAUCCAUAUCCAGCAAGAAGUGAUAAAAGUAAAUGGAAAGUAACUUAUAAGGAGUUUCCUGGGAAAUAUUAUCCAACCUAUUGCUUCGGAUGGGGUAUAAUAUUAUCUCCUGAUGUUGUAUUUGAUUUAUACCUCCAAUAAAGUACACCUUAUUUUUGGGUGGAUGAUGUUUAUGUCACCGGAUUGUUGGCCGAAAAAGCAGCAAUUGAUCAAACUGAUUUAGGGUCUAAAUUGGCUUUAACCGAUCAAGAUAUUGAGAAAUGGGUUGAGGCCAAGGAGACACUUAGCUUACCUCCAAUGUUUGCUCGACCAGCAGCAAUUAAGGAUCUUCAAACAAUCUACGAUCUCUGGAAUAAAACAAUCAGAUAUUACCAAUUUAUAACCUAAAGAAUGACAAUGAGUGAUAAAAUGAAGUGAUCUUUGCUAUUCAGCAAAUCUUGUCGACGAUUAUUGUUCCAAAAGCGAUAAAAACUCAACCUAUUUUAUUGAGGAAAAACUAUUCAAAGUCCAAAGAAAUGAUUGGAUUAAUCACCUUCGUGGCAACUUAAUGAUAGAGCAAAAAUGAUUUCCAAUUCAUUAUGAUUCAAGUGGUUCGAGUUAAUCCAAGUAAAGGAGAUAAAGAAUUGGAUUGAAAUCACCUGAGUAAUCAGGAGAUAAUGGAAUCAAUCAUUCUCAAGGUUUAUUUUUAUACUUCAUCAUCAACCAAUAAUCAAGAAUAAUAUAAAGACUUUAUUUUUUGUUUGAUGAGCCUCCAUGAACAAAAAGGAAAAAAUUCUUCAGACCUCAGACCAAAUCAAGAUUAAUCCAAAGAUUUCUCUCUCUCUCUCUCUAUUUCCCAUUGAAAACGAAAGAAAAUCGGCUGUUCAAUUAACUUGGGUAACUUUUAUUCAAUCUUCAUCUAGUUUAAUCUAUAUCAUGAAUCCAUUAUUAUUUAUUUAAAUUUCUGAUCUUUUUAUAAUGGAAACAGAGAAAUUAACCUUUUAUUAAUUGCUCUGUAUUUUCUUUUCUUUCUGUUACACUCUUUUCCCCUCGAAACUGCGUUAAUCGGAUCAAGCACAGAUCGAAAAUUCGUUCGUUGUCAAUCAUUUAAUUGUAGUCAAUGACAAUAUGCCAAUUAGUCUGGUUAAUUGUUCAUUAUCUUUUCAUUCAUUCAUCCUCAUCAGCUGAUAACGCUAACCCUUGUAUUUUCCUCUUCCUCUUCCUCUCUCACUCUCUAUCACAUUACUUUAAUUUUGUGUCUUUCAAAUUCCCUCCUAAAUCAUAACUUAUUUUAUAAUUUAUCAAUCAAGCAAAACUUUAUACACCCAAAUAAUCCUAUGCACAAACAUCAUGUUAAACUUGGUUAGAUUAAUCAACUCAAUCUAAUUACAAACAGAAUUCCUAAGACGAUGUAUCCUGCCCGCUCUCUGACUACUCUCUCUCUCUAGAAAACACUGAUCAUCUCUCAAACUUCAUGAUCUCUGAACAAUAAUCACAAAUGUUGAAUUUCACCCAUGAAAAACAAAAAAAACAGAAAAAUUGAUUAAUUUUCCGUUUCUUUCCUCGAUUAUUGAACUUUUUGUAUUAUAUGAUUUCGUUUUCUAUAAACCAAGUUGAUUGAACAUAAACUAAUUAAAUGGAUUAAAAAAUUCUCGUUAAUUGUGGAUAA